AUGGCCAAAUUCGGCGAGGGCGACCCGCGGUGGAUCGUGGAGCACCGCGACGACGGUCGCAACAUCAAUAACUGGCACUGGACGGAGACGGACUGCAUGGGAUGGGCGAAGGCGCGGCUUGGCGAACUGUGCUCGGGGCUGGUGCUGCUGGACGCCACGGAAGGCGGGACGGGUGCCACCACCACCGAGGUGAAGAGCGUGAAGGGUGAGGCGUUCGUGAACCAGCGGAAGGGCAAGAUGAUCGUGAGCUACGAGCUGGAGAUGCGGAUCGGGUGGGCGGGGGAGGUGAGGGACGCCGAGGGGGGUGUGGCGGCCAAGGGGAAGGGUACGGUGCACCUGCCGUACCUUGGAGUGGAGAACGAAGACGAGACGCCGGAGGUGCGGGUGGAAGUGGAGGUGGACGACAAGGUGGGCGCGGCGCUGAAGGAAGCGAUCAGGACCAAGGGAAAGAAGAACCUUCUUGAUGCUCUGUCAAAGUUUACCAAAGAGCUGAAGGCUGGGGGACCUGUGAAGCCACUGUCAGGUGAAGUGCCACAAGCACAGGGGCCCACCACCGAAGCCCCUGUGGAGGCAUCCACAGCAACAGUAGCAGCCGCCUCUGUGGCAGCGCCGGGCAAUAACGGAUCCAUGCAAAAAGUUAAGAAAACCAAGGGAAGAUCGAAAGGGAAGCUGCAUAUGGAGGAGCGAUUCUAUGGCAGCCCCCGGGACCUGUAUGAGUGCUUUACUAACCCCGGCAAAAUGCAGGCAUUCACUCAGAGUGCGGCCAAGGUGGACGUGAGGCCUGAUGGCGAGUUCUCCUGGUUUGGUGGCUCUGUGAGCGGACGGUUCAUCGAGCUCGAGCAGGACAAGAAGUUAUCCAUGAAAUGGAGGUUCAACAAUUGGGAGGAGGGAUGCUUCUCUCAGGUCGUGUUGGAUUUCGAUUCUCCUGCAACGGGGACGACGGUCGUGAAGCUGCAGCAGAGUGGCAUCCCCAGCGAGGACAGGUAUGGCAACGAGGACGUGAUUCGGGUGACGGAGAACGGCUGGCGCACGCAGAUCUUCCACAGAAUACGGGGGGUCUUUGGGUACGGAAUCUAA